AUGGGUUCCCACAAAUAUAAUCAUAUUGGUGACUUUUUGGCGCCUGAAGAAUUGAAAAAAUUUAUGGAAAAGUACUCAGCAAUUGAGAGUGGCAAGGAACCAGAUCUGAGCGAUUACAAAGAAUUCAAAUUGAAAGUGGACAAUAACCUAUUACUUAAUAAAGCAAACCAGCCUGUCGCUAACUUAGGUCUGGGAGCGUCGUCGUCGGACAUGGUGUCGUCAGAGGACGAUGAGUUCGACGCCUACAGGAAACGCAUGAUGCUGGCGUACCGAUUUAGACCAAACCCUUUGAACAACCCAAGGCGGCCUUAUUAUUGA